AUGAAGAUCCCAAAGAGUUGUGUAAUAUUAUAUAUUUAUAUCAAAUUAAUUUAUUGCAAGUCUAUAGAUAUAGAGAAAAUAAAUGACGGAAACAGCGGAAAGGAUGGCAUUGAUAAUAAUAUAAUUGAUUUUGAUGAUGAGUAUUCCAUUCAGUAUAAUAGAAAGUAUGAAAACGAACCGUGGAAAUCAAGCUUUAAGAAAGAUUCAUAUAAAUAUAAUGUUGAAAAACAAGAUUAUAAACAAGAGAUUAAUAUCGAAAGUAUACCUGAUGAUGUUGCGAGACGAGAUUCAGUAGUUAUCGAAAAGACGACAGAACUCAGCGUAAUACCACUCGAACUGUUGAGUACAACAGAAAAUCCUUUAAUCAGUAUCAUGGAAAGUACUACUGAUGCUGACUUAACAGUCAUCCCAUUAUCAACAACAGAGAAAACAACAGUUGAUAUCAUCAUAAACCAGACGGUAACAUUACCUUCCUACACUGAAAUAUCAGAGGAUUUUAAUUCAAGCACAGUGUUCUAUGAAAUGACCACAAGAUCUAUGUUAAAUGAUACAAAUGAAGAUAUUAAUAAUAAACAAUUAGUAACAGACGCAACACAAACUCAAGAAUCUGAUUCGGUAAUGAUAGAUUUGAAUAACGCUAGCGAAAAUUUUACAAGCCCAGAAGUAUCCAAUUUAAAUGACGAUGACAAAAACGUAAAUAAAACUAUAAAAAGAGAAUACGAUAGUACAGAGACAGAUCAAGAUGUGCCAAUCUUCACAGAAUUAGACACAGAAGAACUAACAGAGGUCCCAGAAGAUUAUUAUGAUUCUAAAGACAUAGUGCCAACUCCAGCUCCAAAGACGGACGCGAUAUCAUUAAUUUUUGGUCUAGCAGGAAGUGUUGUGGAAAGUGUUGUUGAGAGUGUAGCUGAAAGAGUAGUUCCAAGAGGAUUAUAUGAUUUGUUUAAACGUAUGCAGAAACAAAGUGAGGCUUUGGAAGCUGAAAAAUUGAGAAGCAGAGAAGAAAAUGGAGGUAUAGGUCAGUUUACUCGAGGAGUUAUAAAGACUAUAUCAUCUGGUCUGAGCAAACCCCUCAGCCAACUGAUGGCAGGAGUUCGAGAUAUUGGUUCAUUGGACAGUGACCGUGGCUUCGUCAGCAGCCUGGCGUCCGGCGUGGCCAGUGGAGUCACCAGCGUCGCUAACGUAGCCACUUCUAUGGUUGACGUAUUCAAAGAUAGGGUUCAGGCGAUUUAUCCAGGAACGUUGUGGUGUGGUGACGGUCGCUCGGCUCGUUCUGGAGAGCUUGGCUUAUUCUUCUUCACCGACACCUGUUGCCGUCAACAUGAUGCUUGCAAGCUGUAUAUUGCUGCUGGAGAAACCAAGUUCGGUCUCACAAAUACCGGAUUAUUUACCAGGUCUCACUGCAGCUGUGACGCCAAAUUCAGGUCUUGUCUCAGCCAGACCAAUUCCCUGGUUUCUGCGCAGAUUGGUUUGACGUACUUCAACGUCCUCGGACCUCAAUGCUUCCGAAAAGCUCAUCCAAUUGUUAAAUGUGUGCGAAGAACCAGGAUAACUGGUCUUAAAUGCGAAGAGUACGAGCUAGAUUACACAAAACCGAAAAUCUGGCAGUGGUUUGACAACGAAACGUUUUGA